GGAGAUGUUCGAGAGAUAAUUAGCUUGUUUGUGAAGUAGUGGCACUGCUGGGGUUAAUUGGACGUGACAACGCCAUAAAAGCAAACGUAUUCCAGCGCGUGUUCUCUCAUUCGUUUAGACAGGUGAGAGCAGGCGACGCGGAGCAUGGGCCGCAAGAAAGGGGCGCCGAGGAUCGUGCCGGAGCAGGACAGCAGGAUCUGCGCGUCUAUCUGCGUGUGCCAACUGAUCGCGGUGCUGAGCAGCGUGUCAAUUGUGUACCUGUCCGUGGCCGUGUACGCGCCGGCCGUGCGCCUCCUCGAGUCCGGCUAUGACACCCAGCCGGCCAUGUGCCAAACCAGGGAGCUCUACUGGGGCUUGACCCUUGGCGAUUGGUCGUCCUGCGGAGAGUGGUGUUUGUCUAAGAGCUCGCCGCCCUAUCCCCAGAUUCACGUAAUCGUCCGGAGGAAUGGAACCACGAUCAGGCUGGAAAACUGCACGCGGCCUGCGAACGUGGCCUGUCCUCCGGCGGAUGAGGAGUCACUGCGCAAGUACAAUUGCAACCAGGACGGCGAGUGCGAAACCAUCACCGGCGUCUUCAGUUGCAAGAGGGGACACUGUGCCAACUUGUCCGAAAUAUACAGCUGCCAGACAGUCGCGGACGGCAACUUCAUCGACGCUGACAGGGAUAAUUUAAAGCUGAACGGCUUCUUCGAGUGCCAGAAAAGUAGAUGCAGGCAGAUCAAGAAAACGCCGUUCCACUGCGAUAGAUACUGCCCGCGCAUCACGACCUUUGGCAUCAACGUGCUGCUUUUCCACGGGGAUAUCGUUCUGACCGCCGAGUGUAGCAAGGGAUACACCGUGAUCGAGGACCCUGAACCUGACCCUGCCAAGCAGAAACCACCAGAGGAGCAGCUGAUGUGGACGCCAGACAAGGGCGUGUUCCUGGCCGCUUGCAUGAAGGCUGAGAAAUCGGCGGGGCAUGUCAACAAUGUCCACAACAUCACCGCCCUCGAUUGCACUAAUGGCACUGUGGUGCCUGAGGAAAAGUUGCCGGCACAUUACAUGAACUUCACUUAUCUCUGGGCGUUGUUCGAAGAGGCCCAAACGUACAAAGUAGACCCUGAGCUGCCUCCACCGCAGAACGAUCUCAUCAUUUACAACAGUACCAGGCUUAUGAUCAACUUGGACGGCUGUGUAAACACUCUGAGGGACGAGUGCAGGGACUUUGUGAAGAGCCACGGCAAGGACGGCACCAACCACACCGGCCAGUCGCGCUUCUUGUGCUUUUACCACAAGACCGAUCAGCUGUACUCGCUGGCACGCUACGAUCUGGAGCGGACCAAGCUGGAGCUGAUCCUCUUCGUCACCAUCCCCUUCGUGCUGGCAGUCGUGUCGUGCACGUCGCUGAUCGUGUGCACCAAGGUGGUCAAGGUCGGCGACGACGCCAAGAUGCGAGUCAAGUGCAGAGGGUGCUGCGGCGGCAACGAGCCACCCACCAACAACAAGGACGUGGAGAGCAGCCAGCUGCAACAGGAGGACAAGCACGAGGACAGUGCCGACCCGACGGACGACGAGUAGACACAUCUCGCUGCGUCUGCCCAUAAACGAACAGUGUCACGGCAAUCAGCGGCAAGUUAGCAGUAGCGCGUUCCCAGACUAGCCCUAUCAAGCUCUAUCGUUCCACCUAUUCUAUUUCUACGCUCGCACCGAUUUACCCGUUAUUCAGAUUUAGUACUGUCUCGUGGACGGUACUCGUUUAUCCUGCCAGAUUUGAGCUAAAAUUCUAAAAUAAUUAUAUAUAUUCUUAUUUACAACAAACACCUUGAUCAGAAAAUCAUGAAAUUUUUGGUGCCAUCCAAAUAUGAUGAAUUUUAAUUUUAAAUUUUUUAAGCAAUCUGAGGAAAUCGCUCGAGUCUUGCACGUUUUUAAGCAAUAUAUUUACCCUAACUUUACUCCUAUCUCCUCUUCUAACGAUUUGAACUCACCCUCACCACUUCACCCUUCACAAAAGUACCCCAGUGUUUUUGAUUUCCCCUUUCACCCUUUAACUCUUGGAGCGAGUGAAAAAAUGCCGUCAGACGAAUUUUCUCUUUGUUCCUCAUUGCACUGUGCAGUGUUUCGGACCAAUAUUUUAUAUUGUCAUAUCAUCACAGAUACGCGUCACACUUAAUGUUGUUCACCAGGAGCAGAGGAAACAAAAUUUAAUGAAACGAGGCUUGCAUUUCCACUGGUGCACUAUUCAUUAUUGACACUCGCACUUUCAUACCAGGGCGUGUUUCAGCAACAAAUGUUUGUCUCUUUCAGCAUCUCACGGGCACUCUAAAUGCAAAUGCACGCCCCCAUCCAUCAUGCAAACCAUACUCGCAACGUAAUAUAUAUUUUUUCUCACACUCCAUUAUAUAUACAGAUUUGAAACUAUGCUGUUCAGUCACACCAAGCUCGUAAUUUCAGGGACGAACUCACGUCUGCAGGUUGCAGAAAGUAUUUCAAAUUAAAACGAGCUUGGGGCCUAAACUGAUCAAUUCAAAUAGCACGAAAAAAAAACAAAUUGGCCAAAUUCAAAAAUUAUUCACGUGUGUUAGUUGUAGAGCAGUUAGUCACAUAUGUAAACAGAGAACAUUUCUUCACAUUUUUUUGCGCGCUAAGUCACCAUUGGUAGCAUAUACAAUAAACUAACAUCUAUCGGAAUAAUUCGAUCCCAACCAGUUCAAAUAUUAGACGAAGUUGAAGCUUUCGUGAAAAAUAUUAUAUCCAUCACUCUCUGUCACUUUUGAAACUCUCAUGCCGGUAGUCCGAUCAAUCCCUUGCAAAAGUUUGCCAAAUACAUAAUUUUACUACAACGUUACGACGACGCGAUUUCUCUCACAAGCCAGCGCGAUUCACCACAAAUGUUUGUGUCUUUCCACAAGAAAUGUCCUCAACAAAAUAAGAAAAAUACCAAAUGAGCUGUGUAUGUGUUCUCUAUUGAUGUGUUACUACAUUUAACUUUAAAAAUGCUAUACAUGUUAUGUAAAUACCGAUAAACCGUGUGCAAAAUAUAAUUAUUGCAAACCAUAAAACAGAUCGAGAGCACAGGCCGGAAGUGACAAAUCAAAAAUUCAAAUAUUGAGACAGAAGUAAAAGAGAUCAAAAGUCGGCAAAAAUAGGAAGAUUGAAAUUUUCCAACGCUCGGGAAGCUGCAGAAAAUAUUGGAUUCGCGUGCAAUAUUGACUUAUUCAUUCUUUGAAGCUAACAAAUUUGCACAUGUUAAAUAGUUAAUAUGUUAAAAAGCAACCAAAGCUUCGUGUUUGUACAAAGUGACUGUAACUGUACCAUAAUUGAUGUUCUUGUGUGCCUUCUGUACCAGUAUGUAUUUGAAAUAAACCAUAAUUUUAUGAUAAA